GACAUCGAGUCUGAGCUAGAGAAUAUCCUUACUUGCUGAAUUGAGGAAACUAAUGAAUUUCUAUUGGACAAAUGGGCAGAGUGUAAGUCUGAGGCAGUGCAAAUUUGGUCUCUCGUCCGGAGUUUCAAACUGAACCUGGUUCUGGAGACAGUCCCAUUCAUGCAAAAAUUUGUUGGCGAAUUCUUUACAAAACAAGAAUUCGCUCUGAAACUUGUAUUGCCGUAACUGUAUGGUCCUAAUAUUGAGCAGGAUAAUUGGCAAUGUGGUCUUCUAUACACUGGCAACCUGACAGUCCUCAGAAUUGUUGAAAAAUACAUUUUUAUUCGUUAAUUCACGCCACUUGUGUUUACGUCUGAAUCACUCUGAUUCUGAAUACAGGAACAUGCCUGUGACCUCUGACCUAAAGAUUUUAUUUUAAUACUGCCAGCUAGCGUUGGACGUCAUACAGUACGUAGGUUGCUAUGCCACCAAUAUUUAUUUAUUUCCUUUGAUAAAAGGCCCGAGUAAAGAAACCAUGCGCAGCUAAAGAAAAUAGUUCUUUAUUGCAUCCAAAAUUUCACCUUAUUUUGGAGUAUCUUUUCCAAUCAUAUCCUUCUGUAGUUUCAUUCAAAGUUUUUAAACAAGAAAUAUUCACUUAAAUGUAAGGUAUCACAUAAUAUCUGAAACGGUUGAAUUUUUAAGUAGUUAUCUCCGGUGAUGCGGCUUCUGUUGCGAACCCAAACAAUCCAAAUCCCGGCACGAGAGUGACGUACACGCAGAAAUCAACGUCUCGCGUGCAUGCAAAAUUAUUUACGUGAAAUUGUAUUCACUCUACGCCAGACCUCCCCGACGACCACUCCUGUGCACGCCGAGUACGACGAAAUUCAGGAGAACUCAGACUUCGCAUUUGACAGCUGUUUUAGUGAUAAAGACAACAAAAACAGAGGACUCAAAUAAUACAACAGAUGAGUGCAUGUGAAAGUUACUUUCUUCUAGUUCAACUGAGUAACUGAAAUAUUGUUUCUACUUCGAUCUUUUCGAUAGAAAGGAUAAAAACAAUCAAGCAAAAUGACGACGGUUUUACCAACACCGCAACAGAAUCAGAAAAAUGGCACCUACACUUUCGCCAGUCAACCGAGAGCGGUUCCUCAGAGGAAAAAAUACAGAGACCCUCUUGCACAAAACCCAGAGCCAGUGCCAAUCGGUAAUAUAAUGUACGACAGGCGAAUUGUCAGAGGAAAUACAUAUGCACAACACACUCUACCUGCGACAGCUCAACCAGAUCCGAUAGAGAUCCAGCGACAACAGGAGAUUAGGAGACGUAAGAUCGCAGCCAAACGAGCCAAGGAUCAACUUAGACCAAGAUCCCCAGAGCCUGUAGAAGGAAGGAAACACAUCGACGUACAGACUGAACUGUACCUGGAGGAACUCAGUGACAGAGUAGAGGAAGCCGAUGUGGAAGCCCAGACCGAUGCCUUCCUUGAUAGACCCCCAACGCCGCUCUUCAUUCCUGCCAAGACCGGCAUGGAUAUAGCUACACAGAUCUAUGAAGGGGAUCUGUUUGACUUUGACAUUGAAGUCAAACCGAUCCUGGAGGUGCUGGUAGGAAAGACCGUAGAGCAGGCUCUACUUGAAGUCAUGGAAGAAGAAGAACUGGCCAAUCUGAGAGCGCAGCAGCGUGCGUUUGAAGAGCUACGCAACGCAGAGCUUGUAGAGACACAGAGGUUGGAAGAACAAGAGAGGAGACAUAGAGAAGAGAAGGAGAGGAGGAUGAAGCAGCAACGGGAGGUAUUGAAGAAGGAGAAGGAAACGGCAGAGAAGAUUGCAGCGAGAGCCUUCGCCCAGAGCUACCUUGCCGACCUUAUACCAUCAGUGUUUGGCACCCUCAACGAUAAUGGUUAUUUCUAUGAUCCAGUGGAGAGGGAUGUUGAACUAGGUUUUGUGCCAUGGCUCAUGGACGAGGUUGCCAAGUGUAUCGACAAAUCAAUUCUUGGAAGGACUGUUCUUGAUGGUAUCGUUAGGGAUGUUGUCAAGGAGAGGAUGGCUGCCUACUUCAAACUGGAAGAAUCGGGAGUCUCGGGACAGACGAGUAACAUUGAAUUGAUCGCCGAAGCAGCUCAACAGCUCUUGGAAGAACAAAUGAACAGCGGCGUAGAGGGACAAGAACCUGCUGCACAAGAGGAAACUGUCGCUGAAGGAGAGAGUAGACCGGAAACAGCCCCUGAGCCAGCCAAUGAGGAUGAACAAGAGGAAGGCGAAGGUGAAGACGCGGAAUGAAGUAUAUGGGACCGACAUUGUCAAUUAUAAAGAAGAAAUUGUCAGCUACGCUCGAGAUUAAUACUGUCUUUAUCACCAAAGCAUGUUCAAGCUUUUUACACAACUGCAUGUUUUGGAUAAACUGAUCUACAAAUUAAAAUAUUACUGAAUACAUCCAUCUGCACUUUAUCAGUGAUGAUAUGUGUAAUAAAGCCCGAAAAUGCAGAGAAUAUUAAGCGAGAUGUAUAACGUGACAUUUGUCCACAAACACAGAAUCAAAUAUAUGGGACUGAGAAUAUUAGCCUUAUACAGGAGAAUCGUCAAAUGUCUUCAUUAACCAAACUGUGUCGCAGCUCUCAGGCUUUUUUAUUUCAAAGUGCAUUUUAUUCAUAAACUGAAGUACAGAUUAUGCAUGAAAUAAUGCAUCAACCUGCAUGUACACAUUCAGUGUUAAUUCGUGGGAUGCCAUCAGAAAAAUGCAAAAUAUGCAAGGUUAUGGAAUUGAAUAUUUGUUCGAGACUUUUGAUGCUGUAGCAUCCACACUGCUGUGCAUGAAUUGAUUUGAAAUCAAUAUAAUGAAGAGUAACUCCACAGUGUACCUGCAUUCCAGAAUGCACUUUUUAUAGAAAAUCAAAAUGAAUUUACUGGAAUUAAAAGAUCAAUUAGCGAAUUCAGUAAAUCAAAUUUGAACUUAUAUGCCGAAUGCCACUCUAUAAAUAUUGGAGCACAUUGUGAAUGUUUUACUAUUACCUGUAAAUAAGAAUGUAUUUAUGUUAUAAACUCAAAUCUAUGUAAAUCAUUCAUGAAAUUGUUCCUUCCAGUCAUUGAGUACCCCCCAUCUUAUUUCCUAGAAAUAGGUAAAUAGCAAAAUCGAUGCCUAGAAUUUCUAAAAUAAAAUGAUUCUGAAUGAUACAAAGUUAGACUUUGUCAUGGGAAGCUGUACUGGGGCCUGUUGCAUGAAUAGAUAUGUAUUAUGGUAGCUCUGUCACCCAAUGGUAAUUUACCAUGGUAACAAUACUCUACAGCUAAUCAGAUUGAAGAAUUCCAUGUGAGCUACCAUUGGAUAGCAAAGGUACCACAAUAGAAACUUUGGGCCAGAUUCAUGAAGACUUGUUACAAUAACAAAUGCAUUAUUUCUAUUAAAAAAACUUAUUUUCAACCAAUCAGAUUGUAGGAUUUCAGUAGCUUUAAACUGUUACUCCAAAUUUGUUAUUGCAACAAGUUUUAUGCAACAGGGCCCCUGGUGUGUUUCUUCUCAUCAGAAUGAAACCAAGUACUUUGUUUACAAAUUCAUGUAUUCAAAACACCAGUACAUUUGUGUGUAUAUUUUUUUGUGACAUGUAUUCAAAUAAAUGAUUGUAUAUUUACACAUGA